UAAAAUGGAACCGUCAAUUUGCAGUCACCAUGCCAUACGACCACAGGGCUUUGAUGUCGAACAACUGCGUCAGAUACUUGGUCAAUCGUGUCUGAAGGAUAAAACGGAGUUUAUACAGGUUGCCGAUAAUGUGCUGGAGUUUAUAGAGGGACUUGGCCAAUUGAUGGCACACGAAGAGAUCGAAUUUGGUUCCGAGCCGUUGGCAGCACUACACGUGGUCGGAAUGAUGGUCUAUAUGCUGCAUCACGAGGAUUUGGCCAGUACGCAGGUGCAACGCACCAUUUUCAUGCAACGCUGCUUCGAUUAUAUGGCCUGCACCGAGGAGACGCACGUGCAUGAUUUGUGCGCACAGAUCCUGUGUCUGUUGGACAUCAAUGAUGCGGACAUUAUGCUCAAUUUGAUUGUUUGCUGCCGGAGUGCGAGUCCGUUGAAUACGAUGGCUCAAGUCGUUAGCAGCUGUUUGCUCUGGGCCAUGUUGGAUAAACUGACCGAUCUGGGCUUCAAUACGUAUCGUCUGCGCGCCUAUCCCGAAAUCAUGAUGGCCAUAGCAAUGGUUAAUCCCUUGGAUUAUUUACAAAAUUAUCUGCAUUCACUAAAUUUGAUUGUACGUGUAAUUGGAGCACUGUUAAUUGCCGGACCGUACGGUUCAACGGAGAAGUUACGCACCGAAGUGGGCGUACCACAGGAAAUUCUCGUAUUUCCGAACGAUGAUGCCGCCGUGCUUUUCCGUUGGCUCAACACGAUCGUCGAUGAAUUGCGUGGUGAAAUUCAGGUGCGCGAUGCUCACGUUCAGGAACGCAUGGUGAUUUUGGAAAUUUCGUGUGAACUGAUGAAACUGGUGCAUGGUAAUCUCACGGAGUUCUAUCAGCAUCUCUAUAAAUUCACAGACUACGAUGAUGAUGGCUUUAUCUCCGAUCAUCAGUGUGACAACGACGAAGAUUUCGAAUGGUUGUUGUAAAUUUUUUUUCACCUUUUUGUUUUUGCCUAAUAAACUAAAUAAACUACUUGUACCAUUA